AUGGCUCUCUUGCUCUUCCUCCUAAUUCUUUUGGUCCCUGCAAGCAAUGCUGAUUGGCCACCAUCACCUGGCUACUGGCCAAGUUCUAAAUUCAGGUCUAUGAGCUUUUAUAAAGGGUUUAGAACUCUCUGGGGUCCUCAGCAUCAAAGCUUAGACCAACAUGCAUUAACAAUCUGGCUUGACAGGACCUCAGGAAGUGGAUUCAAGUCAGUUCGUCCAUUUAGGUCCGGCUACUUUGGUGCCUCCAUUAAACUUCAAACUGGUUACACAGCAGGAGUUAUAACAGCUUUCUAUCUUUCAAACAGUGAAGCUCAUCCGGGGUACCAUGACGAAGUCGACAUUGAGUUUCUGGGAACUACAUUUGGGAAGCCUUACACUUUACAAACAAAUGUUUACAUCAGAGGAAGUGGGGAUGGAAAAAUCAUUGGCAGAGAGAUGAAGUUUCAUUUGUGGUUUGAUCCCACUAAGGCUUUUCAUCACUAUGCUAUAUUGUGGAGCCCAAAGGAGAUCAUAUUUUUGGUGGAUGAUGUGCCCAUAAGGAGGUACCCUAGGAAAAGUGUAGCAACCUUUCCCUUGAGGCCAAUGUGGUUGUAUGGCUCAAUAUGGGAUGCCUCAUCUUGGGCAACUGAAGAUGGGAAAUACAAAGCGGAUUACAGAUAUCAACCAUUUGUUGCAAAGUAUACCAAUUUCAAAGCCGGUGGUUGCAGCGCCUAUUCCCCGGCCCGGUGCCGCCCGGUAUCUGCCUCCCCGUUCCAGUCGGGCGGGCUGACGCAACAGCAGUACAGGGUCAUGAGGUGGGUUCAAAACCACCAUUUGGUAUAUGACUAUUGCAAGGACUACAAGAGGGACCAUUCCCUAACACCUGAGUGUUGGCACUAA